AUGAAGAGGACAAUGGCUUUUAGGGAACUUUCGUGCCUUCUGUUUGUCUGUUUCUUUGCUUUGGGAAAUGCUAUAUACUGUUUGGAAAGCUCUGAUUGUUCGGCCCUUGAAUCCUGUUGUCCAGAUAACGUCUGCAGAGAAAGAUGUUACGUCUGUUCGUACGACUACCAAUGUGGAUCGAACGAGCAUUGCUGUAAAAGCAAAUGCAUCAGUGGUUUGCCUUCUUGUUCUUGUUCGCACGACGACCAAUGUGACAUUGGAGAGGAAUGUUGUGCGGGAGUAUGUUCGUCAUACUGUGGUUGGAGCAGCGGAACUAUUGCAGGCGUUACCAUUGGAAGUAUUGUCUUCUUCGCCAUCAUCAUUUCCAUUGUAUCCUGCCUCUGCUGUGCUUCUUGCCCGUACUACCGUUAUCGUGUACCCGGUGCUGUGAUCGUCACCCAACAGCCGCAACAACAGCACGUCUUAACUCAGGCAAACACAAUGAUGACGCAGCAUGUACAAGCUCCUCCGCUGAACAACUACAACCAGCCUCCUUCAGGUUUCCGCCAAGCACCACCUACUUAUUCGUUACCUGGUCCAAACCCGGAUCCUCCAGCUGAGGUACGAGGACAAACCGUUUCGAUGCCGCCUCACGGGCCGGCCAAGUAA